AUGACUUACUGCAAAAACUCCCUCAAGAAAAUGCUGCCAAAGACGUACCUCCGCAAGCAUGUAUCUCAUGAAAUAUAUGUUGCAUUGCUUCACUUCAAAAGCCUUUCUCCAAUUAUGGAUAAAUAUGUUUACAAUGAUGGAACCACCAAAGUGUUGAUGAGUCUGACAGGGACUCUUCCCAUCACUUUUAAAGAAGAGCGCUACAACAUCCCCGUAUGCGUGUGGCUUGAGGAAAGCUACCCUCAGUCCGCCCCCAUCUGCUAUGUCAGACCAAGGCGUGACAUGAUGAUCCUGCAAGGAAACUACGUGUCCACCAAUGGAGAAGUUCUACUUCCCUUCCUGCAGGAGUGGAAGCAGGGGGAGUGUGACCUGGUCAGCCUCCUGCAAGUGAUGGUUGCCAUGUUUGGAGACCUCCCCCCGGUUUGUAUGCAACCUCCUCCACAGCCCGAUCAAGCCUCAUGUUGGCUACAGUAUCACAGGCGGACACAAGUGCUUUCCAAGCCGGAUGGACGCUUGUAUUUGUCUUUACCCACAGAAGACGGUCAGCAUGUCCUGCAAGAAAAUGAAACCAACUGUUAA